AUGGCUGUGUCGCCGGACCGCAGCGCAACCGACGCGCGAUAUCGAGGAAGUACUGGCGAACUGUCAACGCUACGGAAACGGGGCGGCGGCGAGCCUGGAGGUGGAGAUUUAGUCGCCAUUGAGGGAUUGAAUAGAGCUCGGAACGAGCGGGGCGGUGUGUGGUGGUGGCGGGCGGCGGGAGUCACUUCGCAACGCGCCUACACCAUCUCCAUGGCUACGAGUGCGGCCCUGGGUGGCCUUGCAAUGGUGUGGGGAGGGCAUUAG